AUGACUCCUUUGACUGGGCUGUUGGGACGAUCGGCGGGCCGGCCGCUCAAUCGCUCGCUAGCAAUCCCACGCUUGCACGGCGCUGGCCGCCUGGGAUCGCCGAGGCCGAAUGCCACCACCGAGCAGGUUUACGGAUACCUGUACGUCCAGCUUCCUGCUGUCGCGAUGAGGGUGGGUUUCCACGGAUAUGAGCGCACGGGUUGGAAUACCGUGUACGGCAAGUCAUCGCCGGGCCGCAUGCAAUGCGACAACACCACGGCAGUUCAACGCCAACCGGUUGAGGCCUUUUUUCUUCUCCUCUGCUGCAAUGCCCUCUCCCUCGAUGCCAUCGACGCCCAUCGCAACAGCAGACUCUGCCGUUGCAGCCCUCGGCGGACGUGCGUCUCCCGGGGUGUCGCGGACAGGGCCGCCAAAGUCUAUCGGUGUCGUGCUACGGACCCUGGAAUACCAUGGAACGUUCAAAGUUAA